AUGUUGCGCGCAAAUACUCUGGAGUCGCCGCAAACCAGUCCGAUUUCAGAGUGCCCCCAUGCCAUGACCCCCCUCAAGGCGACUGAUCUCCAUCUGGCACUUCAGUCCCCUUCCAGUCUUCUCGAUUCUCCUCCUGCUUCAGUUGCCAAUGACUCCAAUGAAAGAUCCAAUCUACGUUCAAAAGUAAGUUUGUUUACUAAUAACACACAUUUUGAUUAGUAGCCAAAACUGAUCGGUUUUUUACACUCUGUCAGUCGUACCCCGUCGUAUCAGCCGUUUGAUUAUUCCAUUUUAUAAUUUUUCUUUGCCUUUUACAAAAAUCAAAGAUCUAAACCAGAAUUUUCAGCAUGCGAAUUCAGAAUCUCCAUCAGAGCUAUUUCUUGGCACCUUGACAGUUUCUCUGCCCUCUGGCGAAAUCCUUCAAGUGACUUCAGAAUCGUCGAAAUUAUCAGAGUUUGUUGAUGUUGGAGGUAAUCUUCUGGGUAGCCUGCACGGAAAAGGCGGCCGCAUUUUAAUGAUGCAGGCCUUUUGUGGAGGAUCCAAUCCAAGGAUGUACGCCAGACUAAAAAAGUGAGCAAAAUAUAGUUUUUUUUUGAGAUCAAUGAUGAUUUUAAAGUAAUUGUAUUUAAUUGCAAUUUCAGUAAUUCCCGGACUCUUUCCUGCUCCCUGAUCUGUGAUUUUAAGAAGGAUGAGCAGAAUCCUGACAUCAGAAUCUGUUCCGUGAAUGUCUACGCUGUUGAAUUUGUCCGGACGCCUCAGGCCGGCGUCAAAUGCGAGUUCAUUACGAGACACAACUCCAAUUGCAAUCUGAUUUACUUUGAUUCAGCGUAAGUUUAUUUAUUUUUCAAAUGUUGCGUAAGAUUGCGAGAUCACCCACUGACCUCAAAAAGAGUGGGUCAGCUACGGUUAUGACAUUUUCUUUUUCCCGCCACUUAAUUUGGGUCAUAAGCUGCUCUUUCUUUCUCCGAUCAGCCGGCUUUCCGUGCCAGUACCGGCUUUGUUUUUGCAACUCGCACUGGUCACUAGCACUCUUCCAGGACCAUAAAAACGAGCGGGGGAUAGUAGUGCAAGGCGCGCGUUGGGAAUGACCACUCGGGGCAAAGAGAGAAAGAGCUGUUCCGCACGCUUCGUGUCUUCCACUGCCAGUUUGUACCGCACUGCACUCUCUCAUUGGAGAGCAAAGGAACAGACGGGGGUCACUCCCUUUCGGAGACAUUCGGGGACCCACACCCGAUCACCGUAGUAGUUAAGUAUGCAAAUGAGGUCGCGACACCUUCCCUCCCUCCCUUGUUGCAUUAGUUUUAUAAUUUAUGACAUUAAUGUUAUGUUUUCAUACAAAGUCGUAAAUGACACGUGCUAAAUUAGUCUUGUGUCACUUUAAUUUAGCCCUUAUAUUAAACGAAUGAUAUAUAAUGCAGUCUUCCCGUUUCAGAUCAGUCCCUUUCCUUGGCCACUUCCCUUCCGAAAAGACAGGAAGUUCCUUGUUUUCUAUUGUCCAUCCAGAUGAUGUAGCCAUCCUCGAAAGAGUCCACCAAGAUCUCAAAGCGGGAAUUGCAUUGGCUCGUUGUGCCGGCCUUAGAUUAAUCACUUUCGAUGGCCGAAUUUGUGUGGUCGAUUCGGAAUGGGCCGCUUUCACAAAUCCCUGGACUGGAUUGGUCGAAAUGGUGGUUGCCAAGCAUACUGUAGUUGGAUUAGAAGAUGAUACCACCCCCAAAGUAAUGGCACUGGAUGAUACUAAACGUUGUGACAUGAUGAUACGUAGAAUUCUAGAAAAUGUAAGACAAUUUUUUAUUAUCUGUGAGUUAAAAGUCAUUAUUUGUGACAUUAAAGAGUAGAAUGCAUGCCUAUGGUUUUCUAUUUUAGACCGAUGAUUUUGUCACCAAGCCGGAUGUUGUACAGAAUACUGGAGUUCAUACCCCUCCUUUAACGAAGAACAGUGGCUCAUCUCCAGGCUCGCCCGACCUUAUGUUAUCUUAUACUCAGAUGAGCUGUUUGGAUAAUGUUCGUCGACUUCUCAGCUCUCAAAAGACCUCAGAUCACUUGGUUGUUCAAAAUUCAACCUUCCACACCUCAAAGGCUAAUGGAAACUCAGCACCUCUGACCAAAGAACUUCUGAAUCUGCACGAUCGUCGCUGGGAAGCCGUCUGUAAAGGGACCUGGCAUCGGAGACUUCAAAAGAAACGGCCGAUGAGUUCGGCCGACGGUUUGGACGCCCAGAAGAAACCGAAAGUUGAACCCAAUCCAAGUCCAUUGUUGGCCAACGCCUUAGGCCAUACCAAGCCAUAUCCUCAACCUCAACUGGUCAACUACCUCAACGCUCUUUUUGCGAAUCCCCAGACUCAAACGAUGGUCCAGUCUCUGCUGGGUCAUGCCACCUCCACCCAAAGUGUGCCACCCUGCUGA